AAGAAGGUUCUGUAAUUGUACACUAACUCAGCUGGCCCUUCACCCUGCGGUGGGUCAUAAGGAUACCGUACGCGUAUACCUAACACCUCAGCUGUCAUCUGUCAUUCCAGUCAUCUAUAUCAAAAUCCGCGCUCCUUUUUUGCAGCAAGGAAUCUGAAUUCAGUAACUAUAUUUGAUCCUUUUAAAGGAAAUAUGAAAUAUUUUACAGUGGCACACGUGAUGCUCUUUUAUUUAAAAUCCCGCGUCGUCUGCUGUCAGGAAGCUGCCAUUGAGAGAUCUAUUGAUUACGACUGUCAGGGUGUUGUUGUUCGUGUUGCUUUGCCCCUGUGUCUCUCUCCAUGGAAGGGUAGAGAUCUAGGAGGCGUGCAGCAGGCGGUGGCUUGAGGCGGAGUGAGAGGCGUGGCGCGGCACCAUCAUGCAAAACUAGACAGGGGAACGCCAAACUUGUGGCAUUGUGUUGGCCAGGCCGUGGCAGGCUCCGUGUGUGUGUGUGUGUGUAUGUAUGUGUUACUCUGUACUCUUUUUACCAUUCAAAUAUGGAAAGAACUGUCUGUGCUCCUUGCGUGUGGUGUGUGAGCCGAGGCACCGCGGCAGUGGUGUAGCGUCCUGUGUGCUGGCGGCCCGCGCGCAGCUGUGGGCUGCUUGGUGUACCUACCUACCUGAUUCACUUGGCUCACCUGGUCAACUCUCUUGGCACUUUUAAAUAUGAGUGCUGACCAAGCGGGAGCAGCAAAACACUGGAGCCACAGGACGAUUGGCGAUAGUCACCAUUGACAUGAUCUAUUUGUGCCCAUUCUUUCUCCUUGUGCUCAGUGACAACACUCGUAUCAUUAAUUAUAUUAAAGAUCAUCGGUGAUGACGGUCAGCAACACAUUCUCCAUAGCUGAAGCUGAAACUAAGGUUAAAACUGCAAAUCUGCUGUUUAGACCAUUGAUAUGAACAUUAGUGGAGAAGAUGAAUAAUAUUGACAAUAAAGAGUGCCAUAUUCUUCAUCCACUCUCCUAGAUGCCUCACAUUGUCACAUAAGUGGCAUAUAUGUGGGCAGGAGAGGGAUGCAGGCAGACCUCAGAAGACUGUGACUGCAGUGGUGUGCUUGCAAAGGCUCAAGGCAAGCAUAGAAACUGCCCUUGGCACAGAAGAGAAUGGGAAGUGCCUCGUCUAAGUUCAAAAAAUAUCUUCAACAUGGCGACGAAUUUGCUGCAAUGCAGGUGUUCCAAAGCUCUCCUGAACUCCGCUCCAAUCUUGAUCCAAGUGCAAGUUAUGGAGAGUCCCACAGCCACAACACUCCCCUGCAUUAUGCUGCCAAGCAUGGCAUGAAACAUUUACUGAGGACUUUUCUUAGUGACCUUGGAGGGAACCCAAACAAGAAGAAUGCUGAUGACGAGACAGCAGUUCACUGUGUUUGCCGUGUGGGGCAGGCCAAGUCCCCCUCAGCAGAGGACCGACGAGCAGCCUGCAUUGUUAUGAUCCUGCAGUGGAGGGGACCAUUGCUGCAAGAUGGAGAGAAGGAGAGGGUCCAGCUCAAUGCCCAAGACAAGAAAGGGAACACUGCCCUUCAUUACGCUUCAGCCUCGGGGCUUCAGAAAUGUGUGGAACUCUUGGUGGUCCAGGGUGCGGGACUCUUCCUUGAGAACCGUGACCGUCUCACCCCAUGUGACCUGGCCGUCCGGCUUGCCCACCAUGAUGUGGCCACCUACCUUGAAUCACGCAUGGUUUUUGCUGACAGCUGUGAUGGCAUCAAUGAGAGUGAGUUGAUUGGCCAUGAAGGGGAGGCAGAAGGAGACAAUGAAGUCUACUCAGGUUUACGUGCUCAGGACCUCCAAGAGGCCAAAGAUCAACUGUUGGUGGAGACAGCAGAUAUGCUUCAUAUCCCUCUCUUCACUGCUGAGGCUCUUCUGAGAGACAAUGAAUGGUCCAAGGCACUACUGCUAGAGAAGUGGAUGACCAAUGCUGUGCAGUGCUGUGAAGAGGCUGGCAUUGCUCCUCCUGCCUCUGCACUCCAGCUUGUGGCCUGCUCUCCCCCUCUACUCACUCCUUCACCCCCAAGCUCUAUCAUCACUCCACCUCCUCCCCCACACAUCCCUGGGGGAGUGGUGGAGCAGGAUGAGGUGGGAAGGGAUGUGAAAAAUCUGUGUGAGAUCUGUUAUGGGGAAAUGCGAAGUUGGGAGCUGCAAGAGCAUGGGGGUGCUAGCUGUAAACACCAGUUCUGUGCUACCUGCUGGGAGAGCUACCUUAGCCUUAAGAUCCAGGAAGGCGGUGCUCACCAUAUCCUCUGCCCCGCUGUGCGCUGCAACAUUCUUGUUGAUGUGGAUUUUAUUGAAAAAAUGGUUAGCCCAGAGAUAGCAAGAAAGUACCUGCAAUUUGAUAUCCAGGCAUUUGUAGAAAGGAACAAGACAAUCAAAUGGUGUCCGCUUCCUGGCUGUGGCCGGGCUGUCAAGUUUCCUGAAGCUGAGCUUGAAACACAACCGUUCUACUUCCCAAACACAAAGCCACCACCCAAGACAUCUCAUGCUGUUGACUGUGGGAAUGGACAUUUUUUCUGCUGGGAAUGUCUUGGUGAAGCUCAUUCACCCUCUGGAUGUGAGCAGUGGGUGGAAUGGCAAAGCAAAGUGGCAGAGGUAAAACCUGAGGAAUUGCGUAUUAGCUCAGGAGAGACAGAAGAUGCAGCUAAUUUUCUUUGGUUGGUGACCAACUCUAAGCCUUGUCCCAACUGUAAGAGUCCUAUCCAGAAGAAUGAGGGAUGCAACCAUAUGAAAUGUUCAAAGUGCAAGUUUGAUUUCUGCUGGGUAUGCUUGGAGAGCUGGAAGAAACAUUCCUCUGCCACUGGGGGUUACUUCCGCUGCAACAGAUUUGAUGCUCAAAGCAAGGCAGAUGAGAAGCUAGGCGUGAUGCUCUCAGAAGCCACCAUGCGCAACCACCAAAUGCAAGAGCUAAACCGCUUCAUCCAUUAUUACACACGCUUUAAGAACCACCAGAAUUCGCUUAAAAUGGAGGAACCCCUUCUUAAAAGUGCCAGGGACAAGAUGGAAGUGUUGGCGACCUCGCUGCCCUCUCAGGAACAGCAAGGACAAGCCUCAGUAGAGAAGGGAACACGCUUCGUAGAGGAAGGGGUCAAAGAACUACUGAAGGCACGCCGAGUUCUUUGUGGCUCAUAUGUAUAUGGCUACUAUCUGGAGGACAAUGGCUAUAAUAAGACCAUCUUUGAGUAUAUGCAGAAUGAACUGGAAGAGGUAACAGAAAAGCUAUCAGAGAUGGUGGCCCGACAGUACCUUGUGACACCCCGCCGUCAGAUCAUUGCCACAACCCUGUUGGCACGACGGCGGCGACACAAGUUUGUCAGGGCUGUGAGCAGGGGGCUCCUGCCACCUGAGACUCCUCCAGCCUUGCGUAGGGCUCGAAAAAGGAGGCUUCCUGGUCUGGUAGGAAUGGAUCCACCAGAUGAUAUGGAAAAUGUGGAGGCAAUGAGCCGAACACUUGAUCCAUCACAACCAUGGGUGAAGGACUCCCGUGGUUGCCACACCAACCUGGCAGCCCUCCUUGACUGGCCUGAUCUGGACUCUGAUGAAGAGGAGAGCAACCUGAACCAGGCUCUCACUCUCACAUUGUUGGGCAAGUGCAGUCGCAAGGCUUGCCCACGACCACGAGCACGUAACCCUCGAACAGGUACCAUACAUGACUACUGUUCUCUCCAUUGUGCUCAACGUGCCAAGUACCUCCCAGAACAAGGUGAUGGAGAAUCUUCAUCCUCUUCGUCUUGGGAGGUAUGUGACUCCAGCAUGGAGCUCCUCAUUGCCCUUGAGAUGUCACGCCUCCAGAUGAUAGAGGAUGAGGCACGACGGCGACUCUCCUGGCUCCAGGAGCAUUCAAGGGAGCAAGGCUGGGAUGGCUCGGGGGAUACAAGGCCCCAGCAAGGGUGUGUGGAAGGACCUGUCCUACCUGGAACCAGUGUUGCCAACAGUAGCAUCUUCAGUUACGAAGUUCCUUGUGGUAGCAGAAGUCAAAGUGGUGGGGGAGGAAGUGGUCACAGUGAAGCUUCAGCAUGGAUUCGCCCAGAACUAAGUGAAGGUGCCAUUUCAUAUCAGCCCUCUAGUGCAGAGAUAGCAGUGGACUACUUCUUAAAAAAGCUAGCGAACAAAGAAAUUAGCCAAAGGAAUCUCAAUAUAGAGAAGCAUUGGACAGAUAACAACAAGGUGGAGAAGGACCUGCUUUGUUUUCCUAAGACAACUGCUCCUGGAGAGAUGGAAGAUGGACUUUUCCAGUAUGGUGAUCUCCAUGAAAAUAGUCGUCUGCUUCCACCUCUUGAUUUGAGACGUGACCUGAGACGAUCACAAUCCCUUGGUGAUCUAAAAACAUGUGAGGAGACAUUAUGUCUUUUUGAUGUUGACCAUGCCCACCAAGAUCACCCAGAGGAGAGCUUGCGUCGGCAGUUUGCAGCGGUGGCCGCUGCAGCUAGGGUCAGUAUAGAAGAUGAGGGAACUGAAAGUGGUGGGGAUGUAGAAAAUACUGACCCAGGUGGAGCAUCAGAGAUCAUUGGAGACAUGGAUUCUCCACUAAUGGACCUUGAAGUGCGGGGUAUUUUAAGUCACCUGGAAGAGUCCUCAGAUGUUGGUGGAGGUGAGGGUAGUAGUGAAAAGGCUAGUCAGGAACCCUCAUUCCAGCUAGUGGUUGAUGAAGGAACAGAUAAAGAUGAGAGCAACUCAACAGAGCAGAGUAGCAGUGCUACUGCAGCUAACAUUAAAGGCCUUCGUAUUCACAUCUCCCACUCAGCCAAGUUGGAGGGGCAGAGCUCUAAUGAGUACGAGUCAGAGACAGGAAUUCCCAAUUCUCCAACACUCUACAUUAGUGGUGUGUCCAUUUGUCGUUCUCCUGAGCCUCGCUCACCUAAAGUACACCACCGAGAAGUCCGAUCUCCCAGUCUUACCCUCCCUCUUUGUUGCACCCCAGAACCUCGUCUAAGGUUGGAAGGACGAUUGGACACCUCACCACUCCCAAUAUAUAGCCGUUCCCGCUCUUCUUCCCUUGUGGUACCAAGCUCUUCCAACUUGUCCCCAAGAGUGUGUGCACGAGCAAGUGGCACAUCCUUGCAUCUCUCUUCCCUCUCCUUGCAAGCCACCAGGGCCACAUCCCCGUUCCUCACUGGGGAACUCAGGGUCUCUCGCUCAGCCUCGGAGCCUGAGAAAGGUCGGUUAGUGUUCCAGUUCCCAAAAUCUCCCACAGAUGGGGCACUGAGUUCAGUGCUUCAUGUAGAAGAGUCUAACCUCAGUUCUGAUGACUUUCAUGAAGCAUUAUUCCUUGGAAAAUCCCCAAAGCCUGUUAAAAAGAAGAGAUCAAAGAAUGAACGAAACAAGGGGGCCAAGGAGCGAUCUAAGAAUGAGAAGGAUGGCAAAGAAAGAAGCAAGGGGAAGGAUAAAGCUAAGGACAAUGGAAAAGAGGGAAAAGAAAGAAAAGAUAGCAAAGACAAGAGAAAAACUAAGGAGCUUACCUCCACUGUAUGACUGGGAAAAUACUCUGAAGCUUCAUAGUAGUAAUUCUUUUGCCUAUGUUUGUUUUCUGAUUUAUUCUCUCAGACUUACAAUUUACUUUUUGAGAAGAAAGAGAGAGAGUUUUUUUUUUUAUCCGAAAUACAAUAGAUUUUUAGUUCUAGGUAAAAAAAAAAAAAAAGGCCCUACUCAAACAUUUUUGUGAUGAAAUGGCAACUGAAGACUUGAAUAAUGACUGAAAAUAGAAGUGCAGAGAGCAUGUAUAUUGCUCAGUCAUGCAUUUGUGGUGUGUGUGUGUGUGUGUGUGUGUGUGUGUGUGUGUGUGUGUGUGUGUGUGUGUGUGUACAUAGUUGUAGGAUACUUGAUAUGAGUAUAGCUCAUAUUACUCUGUCCCAAUAUCUGUGUCUGUCUGUGUGUGUGUGUGUGUGUGUGUGUGUGUGUGUGUGUGUGUGUGUGUGUGUGUGUGUGUGUGUGUGUGUGUGUGUGUGCACUGGUAUGUUUUGUAUU